CAGAAACAAGACACCAUGAAUGCCUUAUGUGGCUUUUUUAAUUUUUCGCUCAUCACUGGCAACAUCAGCCUAUUCUGUGUCCGGUGCUGGACGAAGGCCUGUCCCAAUGAUCUCCAUUUUAUUCUAUCUUGCAAAAUUAUGCAUGUUACCAGGCUGUCCUCCAGAGUUCUGCGGCGGCAGCUUAGUUGGUUACAAAAAAGGAACCAGGCUAAGCUGUAUCCACUCAGUUCUGACCAGAUCUUUGAACGUGAAGAAAAAUAUGGUGCCCACAACUAUCAUCCACUUCCGGUGGCAUUACACAAAGCAAAAGGUGUCCAUGUGUGGGACGUUGAUGGCCGUGUUUACUUUGAUUUCCUGAGUGCAUACAGUGCUGUGAACCAAGGCCACUGCCACCCUAAAAUUGUGAGGGCUCUGAAAGAGCAAGCAGAAAUUUUGACUCUCACCUCCCGAGCCUUCUACAACACUGCUCUGGGAGAGCUAGCCGAGCGACUGACAAAUAUGUUUGGCUACGACAAAGUGCUGCCUAUGAACACUGGUGUGGAGGCUGCAGAAACUGCCUGCAAGCUUGCUCGUCGGUGGGGGUAUGAUGUGAAAGGCAUCCCCGCCAACAAGGCUAAAAUCGUGUUUGCUGAGAACAACUUCUGGGGUCGCAGUAUUGCAGCUGUCUCUGCAUCAACGGAUCCGUCAAGCUAUGGAGGCUUUGGACCAUUUGUGCCAGGUUUUGAGAUCGUACCAUACGAUGACUUGCCAGCCUUGGAGAAAGCCUUGCAAGAUCCCAAUGUGUGUGCCUUCAUGGUGGAGCCAAUCCAGGGCGAGGCUGGUGUCGUCGUACCGUCAGCUGGCUACCUGCGUGGUGUGCGUGAUCUUUGCACCAAACAUCGAGUUCUGUGGAUAGCAGACGAGAUUCAGACUGGUCUGGGCCGCACGGGCAAGAUGCUAUGUGUGGACCAUGACAAUGUACGGCCUGACAUAGUGACCCUUGGCAAGGCUCUUUCUGGGGGACUGUACCCAGUCUCUGCUGCCUUGGCGGAUGAUGAGGUGAUGCUGGUGAUAAAGCCUGGCGAGCAUGGAUCCACAUAUGGUGGCAACCCUCUGGGAGCAAGAGUUGCUGUUGCCGCACUUGAGGUGCUGGAAGAAGAACGACUUGCUGAAAAUGCUCAGAAACUUGGUGAAAUCCUUCGUGCUGAAUUGGGCCGGCUACCAAAAGACCUUGUGACACAGGUUCGAGGCAAAGGUCUGCUAAAUGCAAUCAUCGUGGCACCAGGACUCGAUGCAUGGGAAAUCUGCUUGAAGCUUAAGGAAAAUGGUCUGCUUGCUAAGCCAACUCAUGGAGACAAGAUACGUCUAGCACCGCCCUUGGUCAUCACUGAAAAGGAACUGAAGCAGUGCAUUGAAAUUAUUGGGGCAACAAUCACAAGCUUUAAGCGACAGUGACAUUGCGUGAUUGUUCAUUCAAUAAUGCUAUGCGCCCCAUUAAAACCGUUUUUAAAGUUUUA